UUGAGACUGAGCAGGACUCACCCGGUCACCUGUCUCAGCUGUCAUCGGUGUAACGUUAAAGAUGGCAGGAAAUAGGUCUUACACUAUAGUAGAAUAUUUCGGCGGAGAUGAUGGUUACCGCUGUGGUUAUUGUAAAAACCAAACGGGAAACUUCUCUCAUGGGAUGUGGUCCCACACCAUGACAGUACAAGACUACCAAGACCUCAUAGAUCGAGGAUGGAGAAGAAGUGGCAAAUAUGUUUACAAACCCAUAAUGAAGAAGACAUGCUGCCCACAGUAUACCAUCAGAUGCCACGCUUUGAAAUUCCAGCCUUCUAAAUCCCACAAGAAAAUCCUGAAGAAGAUGAACAGAUUUAUAUCCAAAGGGGAAUUGCAAAAGGGGCAGGAUGAUGAUGUGGGUGAGCCAAUGGACUCGGUGUGUGACGAGGCAGGACCACGGGAACUGAGUAAACUGCAUUUGAAGUGCACCGCUCUCACACACAUUGAGAAGGAAUCUGCAGAUUUUCCAUCUAUCACAGAAGUUCAGAAGGAGGCAACGGAUGCCGCACCUACAGGCUCUCAGACAUCACAAAAUGAUCCAGUGUCUGUCCCAGCUGGGAGAACACCAGCCACAGCUCCCAAACCAGGGAAUGGAGCUGAUCCUAGCCGGCCGCCGUGCAGGAAGGCCAAAGAGUUGAGGAAAGAGCGACGUUUUCAGAAAGAGAAAAUAAGGCAAAAUGCUGACGGGGUUUCUUCCACUGUCUCUCCUACCCAACCCACUCCUAGUCAGACCAACCAACCAAAAACCUUGGAAGAUUUCAUCAGUGAAUCGUUGCCCGAAAACUCUUCUCAUUGCCUUGAGGUGAGGCUAGUGCGCUCCAAUCCCCCUAGCCCGCAGUUCAAAGCCUCUUUCGACGCCUCCUACCAGGUGUACAAACUCUACCAGAUGGCCAUUCACAAGGACCCUCCUGACAAACCCACCGAGAGCCAGUUCAAGAGAUUUCUCUGUGAUUCACCACUAGAGGCAGAAUAUGCUCCAGAUGGUCCCGAGGUGGGCUACGGCUCCUUCCACCAACAGUACUGGCUGGAUGGACAUAUUGUGGCAGUGGGGGUAAUUGAUAUCCUGCCUACCUGUGUGUCCUCUGUCUACUUGUACUACCAUCCCGACUUUGCCUCACUGUCUUUGGGCUCCUACUCUGCUCUCAGGGAGAUCGCCUUUACCAGGCAGCUGCAGAAACAGUCUCCCAAGCUGUCCUACUACUACCUGGGCUUUUACAUUCACUCCUGCCCCAAGAUGCGCUAUAAGGGCCAGUACCGGCCUUCUGACCUUCUGUGCCCAGAAACCUACGUCUGGGUACCAAUAGAGCGAUGCAUACCUCUGCUUGACAACUCCCGCUAUGCCCGUUGCAACCAGGAUCCUGAUGCAGGAGAUGUUCGGGUUCUGAGGGAUUUGGGCAGAGCUCUGGUGCUAUACAGACGGACCGUCAUGCCCUAUGCAGUCUACUCCCGCAAACGUAAGGGCCCCAGUGACGAGAUGGAGGUGCAGCAGUACGCCAGCUUGGUUGGCCAGGACUGUGCCGAAAGGAUCCUGCUUUAUCGCUCAUAAACGCGCAGCAUCAUAUUACCUUUGAAUAAACGUAAAUGCGUACUCCCCAGCAAUGUCUGUCUGUUUUUGUCUGUCAGUGUAUAUGACAGUGCUUUCUGCUGCCUGUCCCCAUAGAGUCACCAUGCUUACCUCUAUAUAUGCCAGCCAAUCACAAUCUUCUGUAUGUGUGGCCUCAAUUGCAUUCAUUUUUGAGUUACAUUUUUUUUUUUUUUUUUAACUGAUGAAUCCUGCAGCACUCAUUCUGUUUAUUUUUUGUGCAUUUUGUUGAUUUGCUACAUGGACCAUGACAUGAAUAUUAUUUUAAUUUUAUGUGGUAGGGGUGCAAAGGUACACAAAAGUCACAGUUUUGAUAGGAAACAAUUUGGAAUCAACAUUCAAUAGAGAACAGAAAGGAAUGUGUGAUUCUUUUGUUUGUUUGCUUCCUUUCUCUCUUAUGUCACCACUGUGGACACAGCCAUCUUAUUUGGAAAAAAAAGUAACUGUCACUUAAAGAAGGCGACGGGCAGCUUUCCUGCAAACACAGGAAGGACAAUUUGAACUUGUAAUAAAUUUGUUGCACAUCAGCAGAUUUCUGCUGCAGCUCACGUGUAGCAACUGGUGCAAUGCAAAGACUUUCAGGUCUAUUUGGAUAUAAAUGGGUGAACCGAAGAAAAUUCAUACCUAACUGACUGUCAAAUGCGAACGUAUACGUGUACCCUUAUGCCCCUGCCACGGAUGCUUACUUUGAUUUGUUUUUGGGGUUUUUUUUGGCACCGCUCUUAAUCCUGUAUGCUUAAGUGCUGAUGUGAGAGUGUUUGGCUGCACACAUGAAAGCUCUCUCUCAGCUGACACGGGUUUGUAUUAACAUCACCAUUGCCUCUUGCAAAGCAUGUUGUUUUUUGAAUGCCUGAUAAUAAUAAUUUUUUUUUUAUUAUGAUUAUUUGCAUACACUGCAUCCCAUAUCUUCACCUCACCAUUGUAAGGAUUUUAUCACUUGAGUUUAUGUGAUUUAAAUGAGUCACUGUUUUCAAUACUUUUGUUUGAUUUUUAGUUUUGUUUAUCUUUUCCUUUUAAUAUCGAGUGUUACUUUUGAUUAAGCCGAA